GUGCCAUUGAUUGGGACCUUGUUGGUUGGUCCGUGAUAGGGUCAAAACCACCUACCCCCCACGACACCCAAUCCAACUGAGAAAGCAAAACAACAUAACAACAAUUCAAUUUUGAAAGCUUAACCUCCAUGUGAAACAAGUUCACACCCAAAAUUUCUUGCUGUUAUAAAACCAAGUAAUUUUCCAAUCAAGUUCCUCUGUUUUCUGCAAAACCCACUUCGAGUUUUCCAUACCUUCGGGCUGUUUUCAGAGUAGAUUAUAAUGGUCGGCCUUACUAGAAUUGGCCUUGCUGGCCUUGCUGUCAUGGGCCAAAAUCUCGCCCUAAACAUUGCUGAGAAGGGAUUCCCAAUCUCUGUUUACAACCGGACCACUUCAAAAGUUGAUGAGACAGUUGAAAGAGCUAAACAGGAAGGGAAUCUUCCUUUAUAUGGAUUUCAUGAUCCAGAAUCGUUUGUUCAUUCUAUCCAGAAACCUCGUGUCAUAAUUAUGCUUGUGAAGGCUGGACCUCCUGUUGAUCAAACCAUUAAAACUUUAUCAGUUUACUUGGAGAAAGGGGAUUGUAUCAUUGAUGGAGGUAAUGAGUGGUACGAAAACACUGAGAGAAGAGAGAAAGCCAUGGCAGAAUUAGGGCUGCUUUACCUUGGAAUGGGAGUUUCUGGUGGUGAAGAAGGUGCUAGGCAUGGACCUUCUUUGAUGCCUGGAGGUUCCUAUGAGGCUUAUAAAUAUAUAGAAGAUAUCCUUCUUAAGGUGGCUGCUCAGGUUCCUGACAGUGGUCCUUGUGUCACUUAUGUUGGCAAAGGAGGAUCUGGAAAUUUUGUUAAGAUGGUUCACAAUGGGAUUGAAUAUGGUGAUAUGCAGCUGAUUGCAGAGGCCUAUGAUGUACUGAAAUCAGUUGGGAAGCUCUCUAAUGAAGAAUUACACCAGGUUUUCUCAGAGUGGAACAAGGGGGAACUGCUGAGCUUCUUAAUAGAGAUCACUGCUGAUAUAUUUGGAAUUAAGGAUGACAAAGGAGAAGGAUAUCUGGUAGACAAGGUUUUGGAUAAAACCGGCAUGAAGGGUACUGGUAAGUGGACAGUUCAGCAAGCUGCAGAGUUGUCUAUUGCUGCUCCUACAAUGGCAUCAUCCCUGGAUGCGAGAUUCCUUAGUGGUUUGAAGGAGGAGAGAGUUGAAGCUGCCAAGAUUUUCACAUCCAGGGGCUUUAGUAACAUUCUGGCUGACGUAGCUGUUGAUAAGAAAAAGUUAAUUGAUGAUGUGAGACAAGCUCUAUAUGCAUCUAAAAUAUGUAGCUAUGCUCAAGGAAUGAACUUGAUACGUGCAAAGAGUAUUGAGAAGGGGUGGGGCUUGAAACUUGGGGAGCUAGCUCGGAUCUGGAAGGGGGGUUGCAUCAUUCGUGCUGUUUUCUUGGACCGUAUAAAGAAGGCCUAUGAUAGAAACCCAGACCUGGCAAAUCUUCUUGUUGAUCCGGAGUUUGCUAAGGAGAUUAUAGAGCGACAGUCUGCUUGGCGAAGAGUUGUUUCCCUUGCUAUCAAUUCAGGUAUUAGCACUCCUGGUAUGUCCUCUAGCCUUGCUUAUUUUGACUCGUACCGCAGGGAAAGGCUGCCUGCUAAUUUAGUUCAGGCUCAGAGAGAUUACUUUGGAGCUCAUACUUAUGAGAGGAUUGAUGUCUCAGGAUCCUUCCACACUGAAUGGUUCAAGAUUGCUAAACAGUCAAAAAUCUAAAAGUUUUCUGUAGUGGACAGGUGUAACUUGCAUCAGUGAAACAUUGCCAUUGAACUUAAUUAUACUGCUUAAUGGCUCAAGGACUGUAAUAUUUCAUUUUGUUGUCUUGGAAUGAUAUCAACUCAAUUUUUGGACACAGUCCUUUUAUUGUUCAUCUCCCUGUACAAGCCCAGCUGGCAUAGUCGUUUUACUUUUAAUUGUCUGCCCCUUCUGCAGAAUAUGAGCUUUUACAUUCCGCUUUGAAGGGAUAAAAUAAGUUCUAUCUGCUGCUUGUUGAAAACUGAAUCACUAUUAUAUCUUAUUUUUCCUGUUGUUGCU